AUGAAUCGCAGUACGGUGACAGAAUUCAUUCUUCUCGGACUGUCCAGUGACCCCAGUAUACAAGUUAUAUUAUUUAUCAUCUUUCUGGUCGCCUACGUGGCCUCGCUGGCUGCUAAUGGUCUUCUUAUCCUGGCUGUGAGCUUCGACCAUCAUCUGCAUAAUCCUAUGUAUUUCUUCCUCAUUAAUCUGUCAAUCAUUAAUAUUGGCGUUCCUUCAGUCAUUGUUCCAAAGAUGCUUGUCAAUUUAAUGUGCGAGGAAAAUAGCAUAUCGUAUGCAAGCUGCUCAACCCAGAUAUUUUUUUAUAUUCUUCUAGGAUCAAGUGAAUACAUCCUCCUGGUGUUCAUGGCAUACGAUCGAUUCAUCGCAAUCUGUAAACCCCUGCGCUACCACAUGGUAAUGAGUACAUCAACCUGUACAAGGAUGAUCACAAUUACAUGGACUGUGAGCUGUGCUUUGUCAUCAGUUCAGACCUUCUUUUUAUGUAGCUUAACAUUUUGUGGACCUAAUGUAAUUAACCAUUUCUUUUGUGUAUUUCCUUCACUAAUGCUCUUAUCAUGCAGCGAUACCUCUGCACUUGACGUCAUGACAUUGGGUGGGAGUGUCAUUGUACUGUUGGUUCCUCUUAUUCUCAUCUUGUUCUCUUACUGUAGAAUUAUCGUUUUAGUAAUGAGAAUCCAGUCUGGACGAUACAAAGCUUUUUCCACUUGUAUUUCACACCUGAUUGUAGUAGCAAUGUUCUAUGGAAUAACGUUGGUUAUGUUCUUGAGAUCAAAGGUCUCUGUAGAUGAAAACAGAGACAAAAUAUUAUCAGUAUUUCAUAUUGUAGUGACACCUUUGUCAAAUCCUUUAAUCUAUAGCGUGAGAAAUAAAGAUGUUCUCAGAGCUAUGAGACAGUUAGAAAAAUUGCUGUAA